AACACGAUGUCAAAAUACAAUGACGAAUAGGCCAUCAUUGAAAAUAAGAAUUUGUUCUUAACUGACUUGCCUAGUUAAAAAAAAAAAAAGCCAACAAAUGAUUGCCUGUAUGAGUUACGUUGUUGACUCUUGUAGCAAACCUUUAUUUUGAAAAUAUUGACAGCAUGGCUUUAAUGUCGAGUUCCUGUGUACACAUGUUCAUCACGGGUUAGUUAUACAAGUCUUUGUGUACAUUCUGUGGUGGUUGUUCAAGAUUAUUAGCUUUGAGCCCAGAAUGUCCAGAUAAAUAGCUCAACUCAAGCUCAGUUACUUUGAGGGACACGUUUGCAGACAAUCGUCCGGUUUUCGCUAGCAUCUGUGUUAGCUACUUAUGAGAGCUAGCUAGCUGUAGCUAACAACAUUAGCUAGCUAACGUUAGCAAGGUACAGUAGUGGGACUUGGAAGCCAACUACUGAGUGCAACGUUUCCUCUAUUUUCGUGCUAGCAUUACAAACUUCGGCAGACAUCGAGAUAUAAGAAAUACCACAUUUGUUUUUCAAAUGCGUUAUAUAUAUUUUUUUUACAAGAACAUAAACAACUGCACUGAAGACUGCAAUGUCGUCUGGAGGCCAUCAAUGUAACGUUAGGUGUUGUUCCCACCAACUUGCGUCCCCCAGUGCGCACCAAACAUUGGAUGAAAUGGACUUUGAAAGAGGUAUUUGGUCUGCUGCAAUGGAUGGAGACUUGGAGAGGGUCAAAUCACUUCUCAAGAAGGGCACAGACCCUAACCUAAGAGACUCAGCCAAUUACACUGCUCUGCACUAUGCCAGCCGCAGUGGGCAUAAGUCUGUAUGUAAGUUCCUUCUGGAGAGCGGGGCAUGUGCCAACGCUCAGACGCCAGGUGGGGCCACUCCUCUUCACCGAUCUGCCUACUGUGGACAGCUGGACGUGGUCCAGCUGUUGCUUCACCAUGGGGCAGAUCCCCAGCUAUGUGAUGGUGAUGGAUCCUCCCCUUUACAUAAGGCUGCAGAGCAGAGCCAUGAAGAUGUCUGCAGACUCCUUCUCCAGUGCUGUCCCUCCCUCCGGAGCCACACAAACAAGAAGUCCCAGGUACCUUACCAGCUAGCACCAGAUGGACAUCUGAAGGAGCUCCUGGAACCCCCACAAUAACACAGGGACACCCAGCUUAACCAGAGUCAACACAACACAUUACCUAUCUGGUUAACUAGAAGCUUAUCAGUGAGGCAGUCACUUGAGUUCAGCUGUUUUGUGUUUGUUUUCCUAAGGUCCCCACCUAAACUGUCUGGAAAGGGAUUGAUGUUAUCUGGUGUAAUUCUUUCUCAACCAGCAGGGGGAGCAAGUCUACCAGCAAUUGGUUUACUUUGUCAACUAGCUGUUUCUGCAUAUUCACACUCACAAAAUGCCAUGGCAUGCUGAUCCUGACAUCCUGGCCCUGAAUUUGUUAGGUCUGGAUGGCCCUUGGAUAACUGCAUAAAAGCUGAGCACGCGCCUGUUUGUCUGUACUAGCUGCUUUGAGCCAUAAAGCAAGUGCACGUCUGUGAAAAAGAUGUACUGAAAAACUGAUGACGGGGUAAAAAAUGAAUCUGGCAGUAGUUUGCUUCUUGUUGUACUGUUUUUUUCAUAGAACGUUGUGAAACUGAAGAGGCUUUCCAUAUGGUGUGAGACUGAAAUGUGUAUGAGUGUGUUGUGGGGAGGAAGACAUUCUGCAGCCUAUGGAUUUUCCUUGGACAAAGGAAAUGGCACCAGCCUCAACAAAAAUAGGAUUAAUCAAGCAAAUGAGUUGGCUUUAGUUUGACCACAUACAUUAUUUAUGUUAUGAAAAAUCUCUCAUUUUGUCUGAUCAGUUAUGAUGUCUAAGACUUGUAUAAUGUGUAAAUGAAUAGAUGUAUUGUUUAUAUGUUUGGUUAUGGACAUGAGAGGGAAAAAUACCAUCUUAUAUGUCUGGACUUGGCAGUAGCUACUUGUCCAACAUCCUUGCCUUUCAAUAAUUAGCUAAAUAUAUGGUUUGGAGUUAAACUUUUUGCUGUCUCUCUCUUGUUAGCAUUCAUUAAACUGAAUAAAACACUCUUUAUAUUAUUAACAUCUUUAAACUGGAUAGGUGCAGUGAAAUGUGUAGUAUCUGACAAUAAAACGUAUAUACACUACC